UGACAGGAAGUAUUAAGUGACAAACAAAAUAUUAACGUGAAAAUGGAGCAAAAAGAAGUGUAAAUACAACAGUGUUUCUUACGCUGUAAUGUGUCUUGGUAUUUAUUUUGUUGUUUCCACAAUUUGCGUCUUGGUUGACACAGAAGGAAGUGACUGUUGAUUCUCUAAGCAUGUCUACUACUCAGGAUGAUCAGUCCUCUCUAGUGCACAGUCUUGCCACACUGUUGCGGAAUAAUGGUGACACUGUCCUGGACGGCUCAAGAACUCUAACUCUUCAGGUGACUUGCAUACAGCAUCUGACACAUCUCUUUGAACAAUACUUGAUCCCUCACACACAUCAGUAUGGCUUUCUGGCUUUGCCAUCACAUCCAGCCGAUACCACCUCUCUGCUCCAGUUGCAGUUUCUCUUUGACAUGCUACAGAAAACCAUCUCACUCAAGCUUGUCCAUCCACCUGGGGCAAGAUUGCAGUCCAUUGUAAAAAUUUUCCCUUUCAAGUCUCUUAAGCACUUAGAGCUGAAAAGAAUUCCUUCUCAUUGUCUGGAAGGGCUUCGUGGCAUCUACUCUCAGUUGGAGGUCUUCAUCUGCUCCAAAAGCCUCAACACUUUGGAGGAGCUACUGUUAUUAUGUGGAGGAGAUCUCAGCACUGCUCUGCCUUGGUUAGAACUUCACACUCUAAAUUUCAGCUACAACUAUAUUUCAUGUCUUGAUGAAUCCCUGAGUUUGUUGAAUGUCCUGAAAUCACUGGAUUUAAGCCAUAACAAGAUCCAAGAAUGUGGUGAAUUCCUUAAGCCACUGUGUGAACUUGAACAUCUCAAUCUUGCUUACAACAACCUGCAGAGGACACCAGACCUCAACAUAAAUGCUAGAGCAAGACUGGUCUCUCUGGUGCUCAGACACAAUGAACUGGAAAGCAUUAAUGGGGUGGAACAUUUAUCUUCUCUUCAGCAUCUUGACUUGGCCUACAACCUGCUAAUGAAGCACACUCAACUAGCUCCACUGUCCCUUCUUCACAAUCUCAAUAUGUUAAAUCUAGAAGGUAACCCACUGUACUUCCAUAGGACACACCGAAACUCAACCAUUCAUCACCUUUCUCCACAAGCUACUUUCCAAGGACUGCAACUUGAUGGUUCUGCAUUGUCUUCCGCUGAGCUUGCAGUCAUGUCAAAAGCCAGGGGGCUAAUACACCAGAUGUCUCAAGCACCCCAAAUUGCCAUGGCACUUGAGCAAACCGUUCAGGACAUGUCCAGUGAAGGAGGAGAGUUAAGUGACAGCUUGUCUAUCAAAGAAUCAAGAGCAAGUCAAGUUUACAGAAGAAAGUCCAAGCAGAAGGUAAGGGUGAGGAAAGCUAGCAUUUCAGAACCCAGUGAUACAGAGCCCAGUUCAUCAUCUUUGCAAAAUGUCACCCUGUGUCACCACAAGGACAUUAAAAAACUAGAAAGCUUUCAAGAACAGAUGGGCAAAGACUGGUUGUGUUGCCAGCAUCAUCUUCAUGGUACGCCAGCCAUUGUAUCAGGUCCCAGGCCGGGGAAACUCGUAGUACAAGUGAUCCCUGAGAACUACUGUGCUCCUUCACCUCCACCAGCCGAAACGGAUUGCACCACACCCAGAUUAGACUCUCUCCCUGUGCCACUGCUAUCCAUUGAGUCAAAAAGGGAAGAAGAGGAGAUUUUGGUCUGUCAGCCGGAUACUGAAUCUACCCUGCAGUGCACAGGCCACAGCUUUGUAGAAAUAGAGUCUACACUAGAGAUAAGUGUAGAAGCCUCACAACCUCCAGAGAAGGCCAACAUCGAUCCAGCAUUUGCAGAAGAAGAAGAUGACCUUGGAGUGGACCUGUAUAAGCCUGUGCUGGUCAGGGUGCUCUCUGAGAUUGAGGAUUUUAACAGAAUAAAGGAGUCAGAGCUGCUGUUCUUGAGAGUGCAUCAGUCUUAUAUUUUGGAGGUGGACGUGCACCAGGGAUGUAUCAGGAGACGGUUUGAGCUGGACAGCUUGCGGCAGGUUAUCACCUCUCAAGCCACCUGGACAGAUAAGGGCAAGGAGAGCUCUUACCCAGCUCUAGAAUUGCACUUCAACUACGUUAGUCCCGAAAGACAAAAACAGCGCUACCUCAUACUGGAUGAUGAUCCUCAGGAGGCCUUGCAGGUUCUGCUGGAGUUGCUUUCUAAGAUAGCACUGGAAAAUGAGCAGCAGGCAGACAAAGGAAAAACUGCAACUGUUCGGCUACAAUGUCUGAAGUGCCAAGCUGAAUUUGCCCAGGUCCCAUUCAAAAAUCUAAUCAGAGGCCGGGUUAUUUCCGAUGUCCAUCACAGAUAUCCAGACAUGACAGAGAAAGAGCGCACUGCUGGUGAUACUGUAUUUUGCCCAGAAUGCAAUGGUGAUCUUGUCAUUCAGCUAACUGGCCAAACAACUUCUUCCACCAGUACUCCAGUCCCCUCUGUCUUUGAUCAGAAUAGUGAAAGAUGUUUCAUUGACAACCAGAAGCCCAUGAUCCAGGGUGAAAUACCUCACAGUCCCAUCCAUGUAACAAAGUCUUAUGAAGCCUCAGCAAUGACCAAGAAGAUCAAAGACGCCAACUUUACUGCGCAGUUUGAUCUGUUUUUUAAUGAAUCCAGUCAGAAUGAGGACUGCCCCAACCAUCAAAUUAGCAUCCACCCAUCUAACAACCAAUUACUCAAUGGCCAGGAAGGAUCAGAGGAUGGGCUUGAUCAAAGUUGUAGAGGUUCUCAGUGGCCAUUGAAGCACCAGUUGCCUCAAGACGCACAAGGAUAUGGUCAUGAUCUGCUGUUUAAAGAUUUUGAAACUGUCGACCACCGAUUGAAACUUUUCCUGGAUGUGGAAGUUUUUGAGGGAGAAGAAGAGAUUCACUGCAUCCUAAGAAUGUCUGUUGUGAAAUUUGGAGAUCCAGUAGAAUUCCCAUCCUUAAUGGUUGUGUCCAAUCACCGCAUCUACAUCCUAGAAAUAAUCUCUCAGCCAGAAGAGGAUCCCUCAGAAUGGUUGCAGAAAAAAGCCAGCCAUCAGCUGUGUGAGCUCAGUUACCUGGAGGUGGGUCUUGGUUCACAAAGCAUCCACAUGGAGUUUGAUGCAGCUAUUGCUACAUACACACUUUUGGUUCGUGACAGUGCUCGAUGCAAACACUUCUUCCACCAACUGACAGCGAUCGCAAGGGAAUUUGCCCCACAGUCUGACAGCAAGCUUAAGGUCAUCACAACCACACGACUGAAUACCAAUCAUCAUCUGUGGCCCCUGGUUUGUGAGAGCAGAAUGCCAGGCAAUGACGAAGAUAGCCAUCCUCCAUUCUUUUACCUACUGGCCUUCCUCCAGCUAGGUGAUUCUUUGAUCUCAGUGACUGUUCUGGCCACUCAAGAAAAGCUUUGCCUUCUUGAAGAAGAUCACCAAUGGAGAAAAAGCAGCUCCAGUCCUGCAUCCACUGAGGAGACACAGACCACAAGUGGACAUGCCACAGUUCGUGAAAUGCAGCCUAUCAGCUGUGUUAGCUCUAUUCUUCUGUUCUCGUCUGAUCCAUGCCAGGUGGACAUUCAACUUUAUGAUGAGCUGACCAAAGUGGAGAAGACAUGGCCUUUAAGGACUGGAGCUGUAAAGGAGAUUCAGCAUUUAGUGAAUUGGAUCAAGGACCAGUGGGAGGCCAUGUUUGGUGUCAAACUCAUCACUGCUAUUCAGUAGUGACUUUGUUGACCUACUGUUAUAUUUUUUAUCACUAUACCAUUCCCAGUUUUUUAAUGAGCACACAGUUGCACUCAUAGUUACACUUACAGUAGUUACAUGCAGUUGUGCAUUGUCCAGUUGUGGUUUUCCAUUUUUAAAUGCAUAUUAUCUAUUAAUUUCCUUUGUAUUAUGAAUGAUAAUGUUGCUUCCUCUAGGACAUCAUACUUUUAGGUCCUGUAAAAUAACAUCAUGAUUAAAGUCCUGUAUAAGUUGUUCUUUUGUAUUAAAAAGAUAAUUCAGUAGCCAUGAAUGUACAUAGUUAAAGUACCGCUGUUGUUACACUUGGAAAUUUAAUUAGUUAUGAAUAAGUCUGUUAUGAAUAAAAGAUUUUUUGCAAUCCACUAUUCAUGUACUGAGCGCACUCAUUAGGUGUAACCCUAGUAACGCUAGUAAGAACUGGUUUGGACUCCAUUUGACCUUCAGAGCUUUUUUAAAUUUUUGUCCAUAUUGACACAGGAUGGCUACACACAGUUGCUGCAGAUUUGUUAUCUGCAUAUCUCUGAUGCUAAUCUCCCAUUCCGUCACAUCCCAAAGGUGAUCUACUGGAUUGAGAUCUUACUCAUUGUUGACAUACAGUCAACUCAUUGUCAUUUUUAAGAAACCAAUUCAAAAUUAUUUUAGAUUUGUGGCAUGGCAGGUUAUUCUAUGGUCAUGAAGUGAUGGUCAACAGCAAUAUUCAGGUGGGCUGUGUUAUUAAAACAAUGCUCAAUUGUCCCUAAAGAAAAUAAAAUAUCACAUCAUUACACCACCACCAUCAGACCAGCCAAUCUGGGAAAUGUCUAUGCCAUGGUUAAAAUCACAUUUCUUCCCCAUUCUGAUUCUUGGUUUGAACUAGCAAAUUUUCUUGAUGUAUACAUGUCUAAGUUUAUUACAUUGCUGCCAUUUGAGCAGCUGAUUAGAUAUUUAUGUUAAUGAAAAAGAAAGGGUCUGCCUAAU